CAAAAUUUCAUCGGAAUGGAGCCAAAUUCUAAACAUGUACCACAGCUAAGUGGUGGGUCGAAAAGUGGCAGCGAUACUGCUGGUCUGGCUACGAUGUGGAGCAGAGCCAGAGUGAAGCACAUCCUCAAUUCGAAAGGCUACAUCAUUGGACGGUGCAUUGGGUCCGGAUCCUACUCGAAGGUGUAUCAAACCUUUUACCGACCACCCCGUCUCGAAUCUGGCCCGGGACAUUCGAUCGCCUGCAAGCUGAUUGAUCGGCGCCGCACUUCGAAGGAAUACGAGCGAUUGAUGCCGCGCGAAACGGUCGCAAUGCUGGCCCUUAGCCAUCCGCACAUCGUGUCGGUGAUGUCGAUCCAAGAAUAUGGACCAUUCGUGUGCGUGUUUAUGGACUACUGCCGGUACGGUGAUUUGCUGCAGUAUAUUCAGAUGCGCAAACGCAUCUCGGAACGUCGAUCGAGAAUGUUCUUCCGGCAGCUCGUUGAGGCCGUACAUUACAUGCAUGAGCAAGGAUUUUGCCAUCGGGACAUCAAGUGUGAGAAUGUGCUGCUAGCCAGCCCAUCGUACCUGAAGCUGACCGAUUUCAGCUUCGCCAAGAAGUGUAGCGAUCCGAAAGGUGCGGUUAGUCAGCUGAGCGAAACGUACUGCGGUUCAAUAGCGUACACGGCACCCGAAGUGCUCAAGGGAAUUCCGUACGAUCCGAAGGCACACGACAUGUGGUCGCUUGGUUGUGUACUGUUUAUCAUGGUGUCCGGUACGAUGCCGUUUGACGAGAGCAAUAUAGCGGUCACAAUCGGACAUCAGGAGCGUAAGCAGUACGGCUAUCCGUCAGACAUGACGCUAAACCCAACGAUCAUGGACCUGAUUGAUAGGCUCAUUGAACCGGAUGUAAGCCUGCGUGCUACCGUGAGUCAGGUGGCCAAUGACCCGUGGGUGUUGGGUUAG